CGAAGACUUUUUGUAAUUAUUCCCUUGGCAAUGAGUCUCCUUCUCAAUAAUGAAAAUUACGCACCAAAAAUAAUAGAGAUCGAAACUUUUUUUGAUCCAAAAUGAGAAUCCAGUAUCCACUCAUCAAAAGCCAAGGGAGAAUGCCGCCACGUAGAGGUGCACGCCGAGGAGGUGGUAGGGGAGGCAGGGGAGCCGGUCGUGGCCAGCCAGAGAAGCAACCUACUGUGCCGGCGGUCGACCCUAACACACCGGUCACCCAGGUGGAUCUCGCCGCGAUGGAGCAGCGUUAUCAGGACAUGGUGCACCCUGCUCUAGCGCCUUUCCUCGCUGCCUAGCAGAACCAGGCCGCCCCUGUUCAAGACCAGACCGUCAUUCCUCCAGCCCCGGUGGAAGCUCAGCCCGUGCCAGUUCAACUGUCGGCUAAGGCCAAGCAUUUGAGAGACUUUAGGAAGUAUAACCCUAAGACUUUCAACGGAUCCAUGGACAACCCUACAAAGGCCCAAAUGUGGUUGACGUCCAUAAGGACUAUCUUUCGGUACAUGAAGUGCCCAGAAGACCAGAAGGUGCAGUGUGCAGUUUUCUUCUUGGAGGUUAGGGGCACCGCCUGGUGGGAGACUGCUGAGAGGAUGCUGGGGGCGACGUCAGCAAGAUAACCUGGGAGUAGUUCAAGGAGAACUUCUACGCUAAGUUCUUCUCGGCCAACGUGAAGCACGCCAAGCUACAAGAAUUCAUAAACUUGGAGCAAGGCGACAUGACCGUGGAGCAGUACGACGCCUAGUUCGACAUGCUAUCCCGUUUCGCUUCUGAUGUGGUAAGGGAUGAGGCUGCCAGGACUGAGAAAUUCGUUAGAGGUCUCAGACUAGACCUUCAGGGCAUCGUUCGAGCCCUCCAACCAGCCACUCAUGCAGACGCACUACGCAUAGCACUGGAUUUGAGCCUGCAUGAGAGAGUUGAUUCAUCUAAGGCUACCAGCAGGGGUUUGAGCCUUGGUCAGAAGAGGAAGGCGGAGCCGCAGCCUGCGCUGGCACCGCAGCGAGACUUGAGGUCAGAAGGCAUCUUUCAGCGGCACCGUCAGGAGCUAGCAGCUUCAGGGAGGACGUUGAGGGAGCUACCUCCUUGUGGGAGAUGUAGGAGAGUGCAUGGAGGUCGUUGCUUGUUAGGGAGCGGGGUUUGCUUUCGAUGCAGACAGCUGGGGCACACCGCUAACACGUGUCCUCGGAAACCCUUUGAGACGACACCGCAUCAGCCUUCUGCUUCCCAGCAGGGAAGAGUUUUUGCCACUACCCGUCAGGAGGUCGAGCGAGCUGGUGCAGUGGUGACAGGUGAGAAUGGUCAGAUUGCUGACUCAAUAUGCUUAUCAUUUUGGAGACAAGACCGAGCAGGAGCUGGAAAUGUAAUCGCACAAGAUGGAAUUCACUCCCUUCUCGAUUUAGGGUAAGUAGAUAAGUGUUUAAUUAACUGGUGUCUCUAGGACGUGAACAAAUGGCCCUACCCUCUCUAUGGUACGGGAGGAAUUCUGUUUAGUGGUUGGACCAUAAAUAGGUUGUUCAUUAAAGGAGCACUGGUAGUUAAGGACUAGAAGUAACUCAAGGGUAAAACUGAAAUUUGACCCAGCUGGUGUUAUGCACACUUCUCAAGAACUUACUGUUAUUGUUCUAUAGUGAGAAAAGUUCAGUCGUGAGUCUUUAGUAGAGAGUACACACAGUAACGACCCAACUUUUCGGACUAA